GUCUUCCUGGAUCCUACCUCCUUAUAGCUCUCUGACCAGGACAAUAAAUCAAAGAUGGGCGGAAUCCGUAAAAAGACCUCCAAGAGGGGUACCACCUUCCAGCGAUCCAAGAUCGUGAAAAAGGCCGCAGAGACCAGGAAGAAGAACAACAGGGAUAACAGGAAGAACGAGACGUGGAAGUCGAAGAAACCGACCGACCCUGGUAUUCCCAACUCUUUCCCCUUCAAGGACCAGAUCUUGGCCGAGCUCGCCCAGGCCAAAUUAGCCGCUCAGGAGGAAAAGGAGAGGAGACGUUUGGCUCAGAAGGAAGCUGCCAAGGAGGCCAAGGCGUUGAUCAACUCGGCGCAGGCUCUCGGAGAGGACGAAGAUGAAGAUGAUGAAGACGAGGAGGAUGACGAGGAAGAUGAUGAGAUGGAAGGCGAGGACCAGGAGGAGGAUGCCGAGGAACGACGUCUGAGGCGCAAGAUCGACCGAGAGGUGGACGAGGACGAGUACCUGGAGAACCCUGGUGUCCUGCCCGUCUACGGUAAAAAGCCUGUCAACCCCGUUGGAGCCACGUCGGACAAGAAGAAAGGCAAACAAGUCGAGGUGGAGGAAGAAGAGGAGGAGGAUAUCCCGGACUUGGUGGAUACCGAGCUGCCGACCAUUCAAGCUGCUCUGGAUCGAUCGGAUGUUGUCGUUGAGGUCUUGGAUGCGAGGGAUCCGAUCGGAUUCCGAAGCACCUUCUUGGAGAACCUCGUCCUUAUUCAACCUGAACCCACUGUCGAGUCUGGAUCAAAGUCCAGCAAGAAAUCAAAGACUGCACCGAAACCUGCUGGAUGGAAAAAGGACAAGCUGGUCGUCCUAUUGAACAAGAUUGACCUCGUCCCUAAGGAGACCGCCGAAGCCUGGUUGAAAUUCCUCCGAUCCUCCUUCGAAUCUCAUGGCGACAACGUCAAGGUCGUCCUCUUCAAGGCUUCUUUCGUCGAGACCCCGAUCAAACCGGGGAUGACCGUCUACGGGACUGACAAGCAGGGUAAACUCCCUCCUCGAACGAUCCCUUCGGCGAUCCCCGUUGGCAAGGAGACCCUGUUGUCCAUCCUCUCGGCUUGGCAGACGGAGAAGUACAAGUCCGACGAAUCGUCGUUGAACGUCGUCUUCCUCGGUCAACCGAACGUCGGGAAAUCUGCUGUGAUCAACACGCUACUAGGACGACCGAGACUGGCUACGGCAGGAACGAUUCCUGUUUCGGGGCUUGCGGCGCCUACAACCAAGGUUCCUGCCGAGUUGGGUGUCAAGGUCGGAGAGAACGAAGUGAGGUUGAUCGAUACGCCAGGGUGGGAGUUUAAUCCCCCCGACGUCGAGGGCGAGGACGAGGAGAUGGACAUGGGUGAGGAGGAAGACGAUGAGAAGUGGGCGAUUCUGGAGGGGACGGUUGCCAGGGACAUGUUGACGAGGAAUUUGGGGAGGAUCGACAAGGUCAAGGAUGCUUUGCCAUUGGUCAAGCAGAUUGUCAACCGUGCCAACCCGCAGGACCUGAUGUUGGCCUACAACAUCCCUCACUUUGCUGCUGGUGAUAUCGAGACUUUCUUGAUCAGUGUCGCACGAGCGCAGGGCAGGAUCAGGAAGCAUGGAGACGCCGAUGUAGAAGCCGCUGCCAAGACGGUUCUUCGGGACUGGGCACACAACCUCUUCCCUUACUACACCUUGCCUACAAAAUCCGAGAUCGAGAAAAGCAAGGCAGAGAUCAGCGAAUCGGAUAGGAAGGCCUUGGACCUGUUGAAGCCGAGGCAGGAGUUGAAGAAGGUUGGCAAGGGUCUGAUCAGGCUCAAGGUGCCCGAGGUGGAUGAGCGGGUGCUCAUCCUGGACGAAGAGAUGAUUCAGGACGAUGACGAGUCGAGUGAGGGCGAGCUGGACAUCGACGAGCUCGACUUCGAGGACGGUGACCUGGAAGAGUCGGGUGAAGAGGUCAUCUUUGACGAGGACAACGCACCGAGCGAGUCGGAACCCGAGGUCGAAGUGGUUGCCUCGAAAAAGCUCGACCGCAAGAGAAAGCGAAAGUCAUCCCUUGGACCUGCUGCCGCACCCGUACUCAGCAAAAAGCUCAAGACGGUGCAGUUCUCCAACGACGAGCCAGAGCCAGAGGUCAAGAGGGUCGAGGUCAAGGUCGUCGCCAGUGGCAAGCUGAAGCGAAAGGGUGGGGAUGAUGACGACGUUUCAAGGGAUGGCAAGAAAGUCAGGCGGGACGAGGUCGGCAAGGCCGUCGCUGAUGCCGUCGAAGCCGUCCUACCUGCAAAGCGGGAGAUCAAGGGAUCCCUGAAAAAGUCUGCUGGCAAGACGAACGGGGUCAAGGAGGUCGAGGUGGUCGCUGUGAAGCCUGCCAAAACCAAGAAGGCCGACAAGGCCUCUGCUGCUGCUCCUGUGAACGGCAAGAAGUCAACGACGACCAAAUCGACCGAGGCUGACAAGCCAUUCGACUUUAACGCGUUAUGAUCCGGAUUCAACUAGACCACUCUUUGUCCUCGCUCUCAUACCCGGGGUUUCUCGCCUGGUUCCCUAUCAUUGUGCAUACAUCUGUAUUGUAAUACCAUUUACAUUGUUCGAGCGACACUGAAUAGGUCUCCCCA